CCUUCUCGCUCUCCCUCUCCGCCCUCAGGAGUGGUUUAUUCUCCCCCUGCGGAUGCUCCCCCGCGUGGAUCGCGACUUCCUCCCCGACGAGCCAGCGACCCUCAUGCGGCAGGGGAGGUACAACCGCGUCGAUCUCAUGGCCGGAGUCACGAGGGACGAAGGGGGCAUGAUAGCCAGUCCCCUGUUCUCGCGAGAAAGCAUGGUGCGCGCCCUCGAGAGUAACUUCAGCGCCUUCGGCCCCGUCAGCCUAGGCUACCAGGAUGAGGAGGACCCCGUCACUCUGGCCACGAAGAUAUACGAGCACUAUUUGGGGGACAUCGUUUACGACGAACAGCACAGUGACCAGCUGGCUCGGGCCUACAGCGACGUGUAUUUCCACCUGCCACACGACCUCACCUCCCAGAUCUUCGCCAAGGACCCCGGCACCAAAAUCUACCGCUACGAGCUAAAACACCGAUCGCAACUUUCCUUCGGUGACCUCUACGGAAUAUCUGUAGGAAAACACUGGGUCACCCACGCCGACGACCUGCACUACCUGUUCCGCGGCGGCCCCGCCAUCGCCCCCGACUUCCUCCCCGACCGGCCGGGGGACCUGCAGGACGAGGACGACCUCAGGCUCAGAGACAUCAUCACCGCCAUGUGGACCAACUUCGCUGCCACGGGGAACCCGACGCCCGACGACUCCCUGGGCUUCAAGUGGGAGGCGGCGACGGAGAGCAGCUUCCGGCACCUCGUUCUCAAGCCCUCGCCCGAAAUGGAGGACGACCAGCGACAGGAGACUCGCGAUUUCCUCACGUCGUUGCCCACCAAAGUCAACAAGCUGCUCCAUCCCGAGCGGUUCCUGAAGGAGGGCGAUCCUACGUCACGAGCCACGCAGGACGAGCUCUAACGUCACUGGCCAGGUCACCGUCGGCGCGGGGGAGAUAAUGCGCAUAUUUUAUCUUGUACUCAGUUGUAAAGGUUUAUUAUUUUCGUGAUGAUGAUUGAUCAUUUAGAUUGACUUUUUUCGCAGGAAUGAUUAUUCUGAUUGAUGAUUUUCGCAAUGAGGAUUACAUUAAUUUCGAUCGAUUAGUUUCGCCAUGACAUCAUGCGCUAUACUUCCAGUUUUUACGUUCAUUAAUACGACAUUAUAGACUCUAAAUAACACAGGAGAAAAAUACACAAAAUAGGAGAACAAAAACACACAGUAGGAAUAACCUUUAAAAAAAAAAAAUUGUUUUCUUUCUUCAUGUUCGUCCAGCAUUUAGUCGCUGGUGUUAGCAAGGUGUAAACGUUUUUGUGAAACAGAAAGGUAAACAAAAAAUUACUCGAUUAUUGUUAAGUGGCAACAAACUAUUUCAGUUCUUGUGAGAUGAAAAAGUAAAGAGUCCGGUUCU